UUGUUGUUGUUCAGAGGAAUUGUUUUCAUGCCUAUAUGAUGUCCGCAAUCCAAGGAAAGUUAGAGGAAGAAGCUCUCCGUCGCAAGGAGCGUUUACGGGAAUUGGCCCGUAAAUCUGUGGCCCAGAAAGACGACCGUAAUGAUGCAGCAGAAAAAUCAAACGUUCCAAAACCCAUUUUUCGGAAUUAUAAGCCAGAAUGCGCCGAAAUCCAGGAUGCCUCUAUUGAAGAUGGUCAUGUAGGUGAUGUACAAACGGAGGUCACAUCACAGCUUGAAAUGAUGGGAACGCCCAUCGUUAUAGAAGAUAUAGAUAUUGUGAACCUAGCUCCUCGUAAGCCAGAUUGGGAUUUAAAGCGUGAUGUCUCGAAGAAGCUAGAAAAAUUAGAACGCCGAACACAAAAGGCUAUCGCAGAACUCAUACGUGAACGGCUUAAAGAAGGUCAAGGACAAGACAUUCUACAGGCGGUAAAUGUUGCAUCUUUAACUACCUCUGCAAAUCGUACGUUAAAUGAUCCGAAUGGUGAAGAUUGAUGGUAUUCAAAAUUACAAUAAACCAUUAUGUUCUUGUAACAAGA